AUGAUUAUUGAUAAUGGUAUUUACACAAUCUCUGCUCGUGCACAGGACUUGGAAGUGGCACUCCUCGCUGCUCGUGAAGUAGUGGAUGAUGAUAAUGAUGAUAAUGAUAAUGAAGAGAUAGAGGAAGAGGAUAAACAUAAAAACAAACCCGUACAUCAUAUAAAGGCGUACCCCGAAGGAAAUGAGACCAACAGAGAUAUGAAAACAACAAGAGAAACAACACCAUCUAUUUUAUCAUCAUCAUCAUCAUCAUCAUCAUCAGAGCAAACAUUAUCCGAUAAUAUUUCUUCUAUAAACACCUGUAAGGGAAAUCCACAACCUAACGAUAUAUCCAUACACUCAAAGAGUGAAAGAAACAUAAUGGAAGAUGUUUCUAUGGAUGAAACACUUGUAGAUGAUGCGGACUUCCAUCGUGUAUUCACUACAGCAGGUGGUCGGGCCCGCAGUAUUUUACAGCCACAACAGUGGAGAUCAGGAGGGAAAUUAAUGCCUACAACGAUAGAUAGUCGUUUGGAGAGAUUGCGGGGAAUGUUAAGUAAGAUGCAUCAUCCACACUAUACACUUUCAACGGUUUUUCAUGGACGUAAAUUGUUUGUGGCUGUCAUUCCUGAACACGAGGUUGCGAAAAGACGUGAAAUGCAGAGAAAAGGAAGGUAA